GUGGUUGCCUGUGCCUUUGGUGUCCCUGCUGUGGAUGGCAGACCAAGACCUUACACCUGCAGGGCGAAGAGGUCUUCUACAAGACCAAGAAUCUGUGUAGCAGCUCGACCCAGAAGCGGCCCUAUGCGCAAUUGGGCUCUGUGGAAUUACACGAUUCGUGCUGCGGCCUCUGUGUUGGUAUGAGUUCCAAUUUGGAAAGAGUGAACGAAAAAGGAGAGGGUGGCAUCCGACCCUUCUUUGGUAUCGAUCGACCCUACACCGAGGAGAUCUGCAACGAGCUGCGCGCGCGCAUGGAGGGGCGGGGCGACACGGCGCAACGCAAGCAGCAAACGUUCCUGAUGGAACAGAUUACAAAGCUGACGGCGCAGGUCCCGUUGAUCCUGGCCAAGCGCGGCGUGGCGUGGCCGCCAUCGCAAAUGACCACGGGAAAGCUCUUCCCGUCGAACCCUCCCAAGGUCAAGACUUUUGCAGAGUUGUAUUCGCCAGCAGAAGAGCCCACAUUCGACACCCAGUCCUGGAAUGUGAUGUGUUGCUGCGAACAUCUGAACUGUGUUAGCCGCACGGUGGAGCUGGGCCCAGAUGAAGUCACCAUCAGGACUGUGCGAGGCUUGGACCGAGCAACCAUCACAGAACGCCGACCAUAUGCUCAGAUUGAUGAUGUGCAGAAAAACAAAGGCUGUGGCUGCUGCGUGAAUAUGACUGCGGGCGAUCUGCUUCCUGAACCUCUUUCCAAUGGUACCGGAUGCGACGAUGCCACCAUCACUCAGAUUGUGGAUGAAUUGAAGCGUCGUAUCGACAUCAGAGGAAAUAUUGGGCAGAUGAAGAAGCUCGAGCAGAUCAUGGCCAAGGUGGAUGAUCUUCGAGUUCUGAUGACGGUUCUUCAAGAGGAGAUGGGCAUUGACACGUCGUAUCCGCCCUCGCAGACGGUGAUGACCUCCCUUUAUGGCCAACAUCAUCAGCUUCCGGGGAUCAGGCCGCACGCCGUGACCUCACAGCACUUCGAGACCAAGGAAUACGAUGUCACCAACCUCUGCGCGUCGGCCUGUUGCUGCUUCACCCAGAAAGAUACCAUUGUCCUGGAGGCAGAUAAACAGAUCAGCAAAUCGGUCAACUGCAUCGGUGACUCUGUGAACAGCAUGCCCUACGCUCAGAUCAGCUCCGUGGAUGAAUCCCGCUGCUGCUUUUGCCUGCGCUCGGUCAACGGGAUGAUGCCUGGCUGUGGCUGCUCCGGGCCGUUGGUGACAGAAGUGGCCCAGGAGUUGCAACAACGUAAAACUGGUCGAGGAGAUAUUGCACAGCUGAAGAACCAGGAGAAUACCAUGCUGAAUGCCUUGGAACUCUCAGUACGCACCGGCACCGUUCUGAAGAAGGCGGGUGUGCCGUACCCUCCGAGCCAAGCCACGAUGACAGAGGACUACGGCCCGGCCUUCAAACUUCCGUCCAACAACGAUGGAUAUCUUGGGGAGGAGAAGCACGUGGGCCCUUCGCAACAGCAUGGCGAAAAGGACUAUGUUGUCACCAACUACUGCGAGUCUUUCUGCAUUUGCUUGUGCACGUUGGGCCUUGCUGGCUGGCAGAGCGUGGAUCUUCACCUUGGAGAAGAGGAGGUCACCAUGAAGCAUUGGAACUUCUGCGGCGCAAAUCAGAUGCGCAUGCCCUAUGCGCAGCUGGGCUCCGUGGACGUGGAGACGGAGUGCUGCGGUCUUUGCUUUGCAGUGGAGACGGAUGGAGGGAACAUAUCUCCGGGCUGCGGCUGCGACAAAGAUGCGGUUGAGGCGAUCUCCAACGAGUUGCAGAAGCGGAAGGUCACCAGGGGCAACAUCGCUCAAGUGCAGAUGCAGGAGAACCUGAUGAUCGAAGUCAUCAAGAUGAACGUCCAGUUGGAUCAGUUGGCCAAGAAGGAGUCGGUGGCAUACCCACCAAGCCAAGAGACCAUGGAGCAGGUCUUUGGCCCUGGGGCCAAGGUGCCUCAGAAAUGGCAAGCGCCGAUCAUGGCGAUGGGUGUACCCGGAGACCAGACUAUGCUGCAAGUGCAACUUCCUGCCGACGCGGUGGCCGGACAAACGCUCCAAGUGCAAGGCCCCGGCGGUGCCAUCAUCCAGCUCCAGGUUCCGGCAGGCGCCCUGCCGGGUCAGGUGCUGCAAGUCGCAGCCCCUUUGGGGCCCACGGUGGUGGGAGCGCCCAUCUGAUGGUCCCAGAGGCUGGUGAAUGGUAGUACUAGAAAAAAAAGCCCAGACGGAAUUCAGGGAUUAAUGAUGCAGAUGAAGCCUGCGUUGCACGGAACACAAAAU